ACUUAACAAGAAGUGGUGCAGAUAUCACAGGUCGGUGAAAACACGCUGCUGCAUGAGAAGAGUGGAUAUCCAACGGCAGAGAGCAUCGAUGGAGCGUAGGGAUAUUUAGCGAUUUACCUGGGAAACACGCAGAUUCAGGUUCGCACGUAUGGUAUUCGUCCAUUGUCUGAUACUCUCUCCAGUGGAACGUGAGCUGAUUGCUCCGACUAAAAGGUGUUGCCCGUGCUUGUGAAAAGCCAUCGAUUAUCCCCAACUAUUCCAUGUCUUUCUUCUGCCCCGUCAUUGAUGGGAAAUCAACUGGAUCGGAUCACCCACCUGAAUUACAGCGAGCUACCCACGGGGGAUCCAUCGGGGAUAGAGAAGGACGAACUGAGGGUCGGAGUAGCUUAUUUCUUCUCUGAUGAAGAGGAAGAACUGGACGACAGAUCGCAGUCGGACAAUUACAAAGACCAGAGCCCGAGCAAGGACGGUCACGUAGUCCUGAACGAGAUCGAGUACUCCGCUUUCUGUUGCCAGGAAUGUAUUUUCUCCAAAUUAAGAGAAAACGAAGAUCUGAAUAUUUACUCGGUGAAAACUUUGCUUACCAUGAGCAAGCCCGGGGACCUACUGGAACUUGUCGCCAACGAUCAGGCGCCGCAUUGGGCGAUUUAUGACAGGAACGACCAAGUCAUACACUUGCACAAAGGCGAAAUUCGCAAGGACAGCCUUUUUGAGAUAAGCAACGGGCGCCUGGGCAGGAUAGCGAAUAACCGUUACAGAUACAGACCGCUUCCGGCCGAUCUGGUGGUGCAGAAUGCCAGCGGGCAUUUAGGACUGAGCAGCGGGGAGAUUUGCUGGACAAACUCAGAAAGUUUUGCAGCUUGGUGCAGGUUUGGAAAGCGGGAGUUCAAAGCCGGCGGGGAGGUACACACCGCCGAACAGCAGUAUUUCCUGAAGGUUCACCUCUCCGAAAACAACGUGCAUACGCUGGUGUUUCGCAGCCUGGAGGAUUUAAUAAGAGAGAGACGCAAGGUGGACGCCAGCGGAAUUCUGAAGGAGCUAUCUUUAGUUAACGGAAAGGAGUAAGAGUAUUGUUCUGUUAUAAUUCCCCCUUUAAAUAUGAACCUGUUGGGACUUGCAUGCCUUCGACAAGGGCUGCUCCCUAACUUGCGUAGGGUGUGAUUCUGUUCCAGAAAAAAAGAACAUAAAAUAAAAAUAAAAACGAAACGUUCCUUGUUUGAAUGGGUAGCUCUCACCGGAGUUCUUACCGAUGCCCUAAAAUUCACCUUGUACCUUUAAACACAUAGCACACAUCUAGCUACUUAGAAUAUUGACAUUUUCAGCUCUGCAUACCUGCCCUGCCGUUGCAGAUGGUGCCUAUUUCACACUGCCCGUGGUUGUCAGCGAGCAUUGUCAAUGUAUUUUUUUACUCGUAGCUUUAUUAUAGCAGAAAAAAGCAUUUGAUCAAAACGUAAAUUCCGUAUAAUUUAUAGUUACGACUCCAAAAAAACCACGGGCAGUAUAUGUUUACGCAAACUGUAAACAAAGAAUUGAUGAUUGCAAUCGUAGGUUUUUUAUGAUUUUAUAUUAUUUGUUUUUUUUUUACGUUUUGCUCUGGUGUCAAAAGACCUGUCCAUUUGCUCUGUUCUGGAUGCCAUAUUUUUGUAUUCGAGUAAGUAGUAUAUCCCUUGUUUCAUUUUAAAUAAACGUAGUCUACGAUAUUAAACGAUUAUGCUCUGCUA